AGAGAGAGGUCCCUCUGGCAUGGCGACGAACCCAUCCACCAUGGCACGCAGUGUAGGCAAGGACUAGAAUGCAACACCCCCGAGGGGCACCUGAACUGUCUGACGUUCCCACAGCACGUCAACGCCUCCUUGUUGACAGGUAGCGUCAAACCAUCCCGGAAGCGGCCUGCCACUUUCGCUUCGACCCGUGUUUGUUCUUGUGGUCUAGAUGUGUGAGCUGAGACUGUAACUCUUCCUGACAUGCAACCUGAGAAAAACCUGCCGACAGGCCUGCUGCUCGCAGUUUUCCUGCUCUCGGGGAAAACAGGGAAGCAGGUUGCAGCAGAUGGAGCUGUGUCCAGGGUGCCCACCGUCAGGGAGAUGGUGGUGAAGGAGGGCUCCAGCACGCUGCUCGAGUGCAAUGUGACUGGAGCCCGUGAUGACAUCCAGUGGUUCAACUCUAAAGGAGCCCUUCUGGAUGAGGACGCAGGUGGGAAGUGGAAGAUUGAGGAGAAGGGAGUCCUGAACAUCACCGUGGUCUCCUUCGAAGACCGCGGCCGCUACACCUGCGUGGCCUCCGGCACGGCUGGGAGCGCCAACUACACCGUCAACCUGCGCGUGGCCCACACCGACAGCGGCCUGGGCCUGUACUACGUCAUCGUCUGCCUGGUGGCCUUCACCAUCACCAUGAUCCUCAACGUGGCUCGCCUCUGCAUGGUCAGCAGCCACCUGAAGAAGACCGAGCAGGCCAUCAAUGAGUUCUUCUGCACCGAGGGUGCCGAGAAGCUGCAGAAGGCCUUCGAGAUCGCCAAGCGAAUUCCCAUCGUCACCUCGGCCAAGACGCUGGAGCUGGCCAAAGUCACGCAGUUUAAGACCAUGGAGUUUGCCCGGCACAUGGAGGAGCUGGCGAGGAGCGUGCCACUGCCGCCGCUCAUCCUCAACUGCCGCACCUUUGUGGAGGAGAUUGUGGAGACGGGGUGUGACCCGGUGGAUCCGGUCAGGGUGGAAGCUCCCGGGCAGAGGCAGGCGAUAGGUCCGCCGUGCUCGGAGCAAAAGCCAGAAACAGGCGAUGAGGCAUGUGAGGCGCUGCUGUCAAGUCAAGGUGUUGAUGCUGCAGGCGGCCGAGACAUCAAAGUGUCAGUCCACCUGAUUUCUGAAUCUGCAAGCAAGGAGACGCGAGAGGAGAGGGGCGCCGGUGGGGCCGAGGUGCUUCGGCCAGGCUCACAUGGGAGUGAGGUGCAUGAACGUUAGACCACAGCCUGACCACAAAAUCACAUGAAGAGAACAAUGCAUUUUCGGAAUCGUUUAUACAAAGUGUCUGUCCACUACAAGAAGACGAUACAGUCCCAAAAAUUAAGAAACUGGUAAUUUGUUGUAUCAUUCUGGCACUGAGCACAGCCAAAAAAAAGUUCUCCAUUCUUCUUUUGACAUGAAGUGCACAGUCUAGUUUAUUUACCCGGCACUCAGGGAUGUUUGAUUGACGCUGCUUGCAAAGUGAAAAACAGGGUACCUCCUCCCAGUAAGUGCAUGACUUUUCCUCAUUUCAUUGUAAAUUCCGAGACAAGUCUUUUCAUCCCAGCGCCGCGUCGCAUUUUGCUCCGUUUCCUGUCAAUCAGCUGACAGUCACAGGGAGAAAUGGACGUCUCCUCCAGGAAAUAGUCCCGCAGAACGCAUGUGGUCUCACAUGCCACUUUAACUGUUUUUCUACUAUCUAUGUCUUUUUAUUACAGUGUCUCUCCUAGCUGGGGCAAUAGUUGUUUUCAGACUUUGACACCAUCAUUUUUGUAUCUAAAACAUGAACGACAAAAAUUAGUGAUGCGUCACUUGUAAAGUGUCUCCAAUAUUUAAUCAGCAGAUUCGCAAUUGUCCCAUUGUAAACAAAAAUGGUUGCAAUGCUACUUUUGCCUUUUGCAAGCAGUGGAGACAGGGGAACCUACAUCAUAUUGUGUUUCCUGUGUCUGAGUGUCCAUUAAUUACACUCAAAAAUAUCUAGACUAUUUGCUGGGUGCAUAACUGGAAGUGAAUGGGCAUUCAUAUCAUGUGUUUUUAUUGUUGCUGUUAUUGUAUAUGGGGCUUUAUGUGGAAUUUUUCUUUACCACUUGACAGAAAUAUCCAUGGUAAUACUUGUUUGAUUUACACUGUGUCAAGUAGCUGGUAAAGGUGCGCUAGUCUGAUGAAAAAUGUUCUCAAGAUUAAUAGUGCAUCACUUGGCCAGUCAGUGAUUUGCUGUUUUGUGCAAAAGUUCACAAACAGAUAUCUGAGCCAGAUGCUUUAUACCGUCUGGAUAAAACAUGAUGCACACAGGAACUUUGUAUGUAUGUGUAAGGAAAUGUGUGUCAAGUGAAGGAUUCAUAAUAAUGCAAAUGAAAUGCUUGAAACUGUGAACUGAGUGUGGAUUUGGAUCUCUUUGAGUUACCGCGGGGUAUAGCCUAACACGUCUGUAUCUUGCUACUUGAACAUGAAUUGCUAUGCUUAUUUUAGAAUGAAGUUGUUUGGGCGCUCCUAUGAUGGGGCCGUAAUUCUAAUUCUCAGGGAAAGGAAGCUUUUCGAGACAAAAACAAUCGUAAAUUUCACAGAAAGACCCAAAAAUUUGCCAACAUUUGGGUGCUGGUGACAUGCAAGUCAGCACUCAGCAUUAUUACACCAAACAGCCCUCUACUUUGUGUACAGGUGCUAUGUAAUGUAUAUAGGCUUGUGUGCUUACAUAUGGGUGCACUCUGUAUGGAUAUUUUUCAUGCAGUCAUGUUGCAGGGUUUCUUGUAUUCAUGUACCUGUGUGUAUGUGAGGUGAUGUGCAUAUUGGUGGAAUCACAUUUCCUUGUUAAAGGACAAUAAACAAUGUAUCUGUCCACUGAUUGAGCACCAUUAUUAUCAUUCAUGAAAACUAACAAAAUAACAAACAUUCUCGUUAACUGACA